GGGGCAGAUUUGAUUUUCCCGCAGCCGGGGCGCCCCGGAGCCGGAGCCCAGCCGAGGAGGUGGCACUCGCAGCCGCCUCCCCAGCUCCGCCGCCGCCCUCCCGGAGACCCAGCGAUAGGCGGCGCAGCUCCGGCGCUCCGGGCUCCGCGCUGCCCUCGCCCCGCCACCCCCGCUGCCCGCGCCCCAUUCGGCGCCUUCAACCCCUUACGCCCCUCUCCGGGUCUCCUCACCCCCUCUACCUCUCUCCCGCCGCACGCCCCUCUUCCCACACCCCUCUCCACGCGCCUCUCCGGUGCCUCUCCGCCUCUCCCCACCGUGCCCCCAGCCCUCUGGGCACCUAGCCCCUCUCCGCUGGGUCCCCAGCCUCUUCGGCGCGUCGCACGAGCCCCCCCCCCUCCCUCCGCGGCCCCCGCUCCCUCCGCCUCCCUCCCCUCUCUCACUUCCCACGCCCCCUCUCCGCGCUCCUCUCUCUGCUUACCGCCCGGCCCCGGCUGCGGAGUUGGGGGAGAGCCUUGGGCGCCAGUGGCUUCGGAGGAGGCGCGAAUCGCGCAGGGAUUGACUGAUUUGGGGUGGGGGCGCGGUGGGCUAUGGAACGAGCCGAGGAUAUGGCGUCGCUGAGCGAGUUCGAUUCCUUGGCGGGCAGCAUCCCGGCCACCAAGGUGGAGAUCACCGUGUCCUGCAGGAACCUCCUGGACAAAGACAUGUUCUCCAAGUCUGACCCACUGUGCGUCAUGUAUACUCAAGGAAUGGAGAACAAGCAAUGGCGGGAGUUCGGACGCACCGAGGUCAUCGACAACACGCUCAACCCCGACUUUGUGCGCAAAUUCAUCGUGGAUUACUUCUUCGAGGAGAAGCAGAACCUCCGUUUCGACCUAUACGACGUUGAUUCCAAGAGCCCCGAUUUAUCCAAACAUGAUUUCCUGGGCCAGGCCUUUUGCACCCUCGGAGAGAUUGUGGGGUCCUCUGGGAGCCGCCUGGAGAAGCCCCUCACGAUAGGAGCAUUCAGCCUGAAUUCCAGGACGGGCAAACCCAUGCCAGCUGUAUCCAAUGGAAGUGGUCUUUGGAUGGAAAGUUUGAGAACCACUGGUCUGGAAGCCUCCGGUGGGGUCCCAGGGAAGAAAUGUGGCACCAUCAUCCUGUCCGCUGAGGAGCUCAGCAACUGUAGGGAUGUCGCCACAAUGCAGUUCUGUGCCAACAAGCUGGACAAGAAAGAUUUCUUUGGGAAAUCUGACCCCUUCUUGGUGUUUUACAGAAGCAACGAAGAUGGAACGUUCACCAUUUGCCACAAGACCGAGGUCAUGAAGAAUACCCUAAACCCUGUCUGGCAAACUUUCUCCAUUCCUGUGAGAGCCCUCUGCAACGGGGACUAUGAUCGGACCAUCAAGGUGGAGGUAUAUGACUGGGAUCGAGAUGGCAGCCAUGACUUCAUCGGGGAGUUCACCACCAGCUACCGGGAGCUGGCCCGCGGGCAGAGCCAGUUCAACAUCUACGAGGUGGUAAACCCGAAAAAGAAAAUGAAGAAAAAGAAAUACGUGAAUUCUGGCACAGUUACGCUGCUCUCGUUUGCUGUGGAGUCAGAGUGCACAUUCCUUGACUACAUCAAAGGAGGGACUCAGAUCAACUUCACAGUGGCCAUUGAUUUUACCGCCUCCAAUGGGAACCCCUCACAGUCCACGUCCCUGCACUACAUGAGCCCCUACCAGCUGAAUGCUUAUGCGCUGGCACUGACCGCCGUCGGGGAGAUCAUCCAGCACUACGACAGCGACAAGAUGUUCCCGGCCCUCGGCUUCGGGGCCAAGCUGCCCCCCGACGGCAGGGUGUCCCAUGAGUUCCCACUGAACGGCAACCAGGAGAACCCCUCCUGCUGUGGCAUCGAUGGCAUCCUGGAGGCCUACCACCGCAGCCUGCGCACCGUGCAGCUCUACGGCCCCACCAACUUCGCCCCCGUGGUCACCCACGUGGCCAGGAACGCGGCGGCCGUGCAGGACGGCUCCCAGUACUCGGUGCUUCUCAUCAUCACGGACGGGGUCAUCUCGGACAUGGCGCAGACCAAGGAGGCCAUCGUCAAUGCGGCCAAACUCCCCAUGUCCAUCAUCAUCAUCGGUGUGGGCCAGGCAGAGUUCGACGCCAUGGUGGAACUGGAUGGUGAUGACGUGCGGAUCUCCUCCCGGGGGAAGCUGGCCGAGCGGGACAUUGUCCAGUUCGUGCCCUUCCGGGACUACGUGGAUCGCACGGGCAACCACGUGCUGAGCAUGGCCCGCCUGGCCCGCGACGUGCUGGCUGAGAUUCCCGACCAGCUGGUGUCCUACAUGAAGGCUCAGGGAAUCCGCCCUCGCCCCCCACCCGGGCCCCCGGCGGGCUCACCCCCGCGGUCCCCGGCCCGCACACCCCCUGCUUCGCCCCUGCACACGCACAUCUGAGCCUGGCCCAAGGCAAGCGGCUGGAUGGUGGGCAGGGUCCCCAGACUCCCCUACUGCAGGCUGUGCCCCGCCCAGCCUCUGGGCCAUCUGCGUGCUCCAGAGGAUGGCAGGGGCGGCGCCUCUGGAGACUCCUCCCCAAUUUCCUGGGCCCACUUCCUGCCCAGCCCCAGCUCCUGCCAACUCCCCCCCAAUUUCCUGGGCUUACUUCCGGCCCAGACCCAGGAAGUUGGGGUGGGGGAUACAGGUGGCGGAAGUGUAACUGGGCCCUCUGCGUCCCUCUUUUUGUCGUGUCCCCCUGACACUUGGUUCUAGCCCUGCCAGGAAGGUGUUAACAAGUGGGAUGGUGGGAGUCAGCCUAUCUUGGGUAACCCCAUCUGCUCACCUAGAGCCCCUCACCCCUGGCUUGGUCCCCGUCCUCCAGUUCCCCCUCCUUCCCAUCCUUUAUCUCGUGUCUAAUCCUAUCCCUGGCUUCCACCCCACUCUCUAUCCUGUGUCCUAUUUCCAGUUAGCCCCGUGAACUAAUGGAUUUGCAGGAAUGCCUCCCAGGAAUGCUUGCAUGCAAUGGGAGACUUACACACUAGUGAGGGGGAGACUGGGAUUCUAGGCUAGUAGGCCAUGUGAUGGGCCAGAGGCAUUUCAGGCACCAAGUCCUUGCUGGUGCCUUUAAAGCCCAAUAUGACACUGAUUCUAGACACAUGGAUCCACACAGGCCCCCCCCCCCCGGUAGGGGCUACAGGCUCCAUGGAGGUGGAUUCCAGCUCCAGGCAUCCCUUCCUCCCUCCAGAGGCUGCCCAGGGCCCCAGGUGCCUGCCCCACUGUUGCCCACCUGGAGGCCUGGGCAAGGAGCCACCCAGCCCCAGUGUUUUCAUACUGCCUCCUGCUCUCUGAGCAGCCUCCAUCCCACGGGGACAGGAGAAGGGAGUCUUGGGUUCAAAACUUGCCUCCAACUCCUGCCUGCUGUGGGAACCCACACAAGGCCCCUCCACCUUCUGGGCCUCAGUUUCCACAUCUGUACUAUGAGAGGGUUGACCAGAUGGUCCCGGGUUUUCCUCCAGCUCUGACAAUCCUGAGGGUCCCUUCAUUCCAUGCCCAGCUCCCCCUAUUCCACUCCUCACCUGUGUGACCAUUUACCCCUGGCCGUCUUGGCCCUAGGGUCACCCAGUCCAGUCCUUCAGUCUUGGGCUCUGAUGUCUGAGCCCAAGGCCCUGCCUCUGCUGUGGGAAAGGUAGGAACAGGUGUUCUCACUCCUGGGCCCACCCAGCUGCCCAGCUUUUACCCACGUGAGAAGCAGGAUGUGCAUGCCAGUCCCUUCUCGCAUGGGGCUCCUCAGCCCACUGAAACCUGAACUUCCUGUGCCUGGGCGGAGACCAGGCCCCCCUCAAAUGAUGCCCAACGCUGCUUCCCUUCCAGUCCCGCAUGAUGGUGGUGUUUCUAUGCUGUCUGGUCCUGUGCCCGUCUCUGAGACAGUCUCUGUGUGGAAUUUGCCUUAAACUGAAGUAAAUUUGGUUCUUUUACUAAA